UCAACUUUUCAACGAGAUCAAAACCCCAGUCCCACCCACUACAUAAACUGGUCGUUUGUCUUUCAGCAACACCACCGAACACGAAACUAGGGUUCUUAAAUCCCCGCCAUUUUCAACCAAGAAGCUUCUCUCCAUCUCUCUCUACACUCUCAAUCAACACAUACAUUUUACAUGUAAAUACGCAAACAUUUUGUGUGUAUGUACGCAUAUAUAUCUUCCUUCUUCUCUGAUUUCUGAUCUCGAGCCUUGAAAAUGGCGAAAGUAGAUGAAGACCCACAGACCCCACUGGCUCCAAAGCCGUCUCCAAACCCUAAAGACGAAGCUCGGAUAAUCUCGCAGGCCAGUUCGUCAAACCCUGAUGACAAUGACGCUUCUCCAUCACCCAAGAAUCCUCUGAGCCCUAAAGAGUUCAUAGUCAGUGUAGCAGCGAAGAUCUCUUCUCAGCCUCUUCAGAACUCUGAUCCUGAUGUCUGGGGCGUUCUCACUGCUAUCUCUAACAACGCCCGUAAGAGGCAACAGGGCAUAAAUAUGCUUUUGACUUCUGAUGAGCAUUGCAUUGGCCGCUUAGUAGACGACAUCCGUUUCCUGAUAGAAUCAAAUGCAGUUAGUGGAAAUCACUGCAAAAUUUAUAGGAAGAGGGUUGCAGCUGAAGAUUCAGAGAAUCCGUCCACAUUUUGCUCGACUGUCUUCUUAAAAGAUACUAGCACAAAUGGAACAUUUCUCAACUGGAAGAAAUUGAAGAAGACCAGCCCUGAAGCUGAAGUCCAUCAUGGAGAUAUUAUAUCAUUUGCAGCUUCUCCCCAACAUGAACUUGCAUUUGCAUUUGUAUUUCGAGAAGUUCUCCAGUCCAAUUCCUUGGCUGAUGGUGCAUUUUUGAAGAGAAAAGCUGAGGAGUUUGGCUCUCAAAGCAAGAGACUUAAAGGCAUUGGUAUUGGUGCACCAGAAGGUCCUAUUUCUCUUGACGAUUUUCGAAGCCUUCAACGAUCAAAUACGGAACUGAGGAAACAAUUGGAAAUUCAUGUCCUCACCAUUGAAUCAUUACGAAAUGAAAAUCGUGCGUCUAUUAUUGAAUACUAUGAAUUUGAAAUGAAAGAUUUGAAAGAAUCAGUUUCAAAAUCUUAUCUGAAUCAACUUGAAGAGUUGCAACAUUCAUUGGAGAUCACACAGAAGGAGCUGGUAGAGGUUCAGAGAGUGUCAGCUGAACAAAGGCACGGUAUGGUGGACCUUAAUGAAAGACUUAGUGCAUCACUGCAGUCAUGCACUGAGGCAAAUGAAUUAAUAAACAGCUUAGACUCAAGUAUUAGCGAGUUGGAGACAGGAGAUCAGGAGCGAGAUCAAAGAAGAGAAGAACGAGAAAAGGCUGCAGUAGAUCUAAAGACAUCAAUACAGAGAGUUCAGUCAGAGGCUCAAGAGGAGCUAAAACGACUUUCAGACACUGCCUUAAGACGAGAAAGGGAGCAGCAAGAAGUAAUCAAUAAGCUUCAGGAAUUAGAGAAAGAAAGAUGCUUAUUGGUGGAAAAUUUAAGAUCCAAAUUGGAAGACACUAGGCAGAAAUUGGUUAUCGCUGACAAUAAAGUCCGCCAGCUGGAAGCCCAAUUUUGUGAAGAGCAACUAGCUUCUGCAACUGGAAGAAAAAGAAUUGAAGAACUUGAGCAUGAAGCAAAAAAAUUGAGGAAAGAACUCGAGAGUGAAAAGGCAGCUCGGGAAGAAGCAUGGGCCAAGGUUUCUGCACUUGAAUUUGAGAUAAAUGCUGCAAUGCGGGAUCUUGAUUUUGAGAGACGUAGGUUAAAAGCUGCCAGGGAAAGGAUUAUGCUUAGGGAAAACACGCUUCGCGGCAUUCUAUCCACAAUUUUGUUUGCAAAGCAGCAGGAACAGCUGAAGGCAAUGCAGAAGACACUGGAAGAUGAGGAAAACUAUGAUAACACGUCAGUUGAUAUUGACCUCAACAUCAAUCCUAAUAGUGGAAACGUGAAUGGAACACUAGCCAGAGGAAAUGACGCAUCAGGAUAUCGAAACAAUAGUGCUGUUAGGUUGGGCUCUGGUCCGUCAGCGCAUAUGCGUGGCACAAAUCAAGCCGAGACAUCUAGUGACGAGGCCAGUGUUACUGAGAAGCACGAAUGUGAUAUCAGAAGCCAAGAAGAUGGCCAAAACACCCAAGAGGUGGAAUUCACGAGCGCAGAGCAAUUUGUUAAGGGUGGCUUUGGUUCCGACAUUGACGGUGCUGGUACCACACUUGUUCAUGAGGGAGACACCAUUGGAACUGAGCGAGUCCUCGAAACCGAAAGCGCCGGCAUUGAUGGUGACAGGAAUAUUGAUUUAAGCAAGUGUAUUGUGUUAGCUGGGGACACGAUGCAGAUGGAUGAUGAAACCCAUGAAAAGGAAGCCGCAGAGGGACUUGUGACGAUUUACGGGGAGAUUGAGCGCCACUCCGAGUCAAAUCACCCAUUAGAAAUUCAAAACACUAUGGAAGAUACAGAAGUUGGCGGCACGAUUAGAACGGCCGAUCUUUUGGCUUCGGAAGUUGCCGGAAGCUGGGCUUGCAGCACGGCUCCUUCGGUACAUGGAGAGAACGAGUCUCCGAGAAGUAGAGACAAUGACGAUGAAGGUGUUGCAGCAUUACAUGAUUCGAAUGUUCUGGCUGCUGAGAGUCAAACCCUGGCUUCUAAGGCUUUUGCUGUGAAACGGAAUAGCGAACAUCAAGCGCUGAGCGAGAUGAUUGGGAUUGUCGCUCCUGAUAUGAAGGAGCAGUUUGCUGGCGCUGUGGAUAAUGAAGACUGUGAUCAAGAGGAAAUUAAGAAGGGUUUCGUCUCUAAUUCAGAUACUGAAGAUUGUGCUGACAAUGACGACGAAAAUGGAAUGAAUGUUAUUGGUGAAUCAGGAUCGGAUUCAGAGACAGAGGGUAGUGACCGAGUCUCUGAAAAUGAUAGACCUGAUGAUAAAAUGGAUGAAGAUGAUGAAGCUACUCAAGAGGAUUCUGUUGGAUAGAAGGCAUGCAAGUCGAUGUGUGAAGUUUAGAAGAGGUCAGUCUAUCUUGAAUUUUGUAUAUUUUUCUUGGUUUUAUUUAUUUAUUUUUUUGGGGUGAUGCAAGAACUUUGGUACAAUAGUUGCGGAAGGGGUGGUGAAGAUCAAACCUGCGACGUGGCUCAAGGAAGGCACGCCUUUUACAACUAGGGCAACAAGUGUACUAGGAUCACAGAAGAAUUCUACAAAAUGGGAUAGAGAUGUAAGACAAAGAGGUGGGACCCAUAUCUGUGUUUUGUUCUGUGAAAUUCUUCUGUGCACGUAGCUUCCGCCUAUGGCAAUGUCUUUGGAUUCACUUCAACCAUGUCUUGUUAUCUUUAGAUAUUGGUGUAGAUAAGAUCUUGAUGUUGCUAGUCUUUGGUGCUGUGAAUGAUGUACUUCAUGGGGCUCUCUAUUGAUGUAGAUGCGAAUAAGAAAGAUAAUGAGUAAUAGAAGUCUCUCACAUUUGUGAUCCA